CCUCUGGUUCGCGGGCACGCGCACGCUCAGCCGUCUACUCCCUCACACAGGGAUUAUGCGCGCGGAUACCCGGCUCCUCCCAUACACACACAAAUACCCGUCGCGGGAGCGCGCCCAGGUCAGGUGACACCCCCCCUCCCCCCCUCUGCCGGCCCGCAGGAUGGUGCCUGGAGAAGAUGGCGGAUACCGAGGAGCUGCGGAAUAUGGUAUCAAGUUUUCGAGUGUCAGAACUUCAAGUGCUGUUGGGUUUUGCUGGUCGUAAUAAAAGCGGUCGUAAACAUGAUCUUCUUAUGAGAGCGCUCCAUUUAUUAAAGAAUGGGUGCAGUCCUGCUGUUCAGAUUAAAAUCAAAGAGCUAUAUAGACGGCGGUUUCCCAGAACACUUGAAGGAGUACCUGCAUUACCAUCCCUCAGAUCAAAUGUUUUCAAUUUAGACAGUAACUCCUCUGUGGACUCGGAUCUUGCAGUGGCUGGCAUCCAUUCUUUACCUUCCACAUCUAUAGCACCUCACUCUCCAGCUUCACCUCUUGGUACUGUACUACUACAAGACACAAAGCCACAGUUUGACAUUCAGCAGCUUUCUCCACCAAUUCCCCCGGUGCAUCCAGAUGUCCAUCUACGAAGUCUUCCUUUUUAUGAUGUCCUUGAUGUCCUCAUCAAGCCAACCAGCCUAGUGCAGAAUAAUGUCCAAAGAUUUCAAGAGAAAUAUUUCAUUUUUGCCCUGACUCCUCAGCAGGUUCGAGAAAUCUGCAUCUCCAGUGAUUAUAUGCCUGGGGGAAGGAGAGAUUAUUCGGUCCAAGUUCAGUUAAGAUUAUGUUUAGCAGAAACAAGUUGUCCUCAAGAGGAUAACUAUCCCAGCAGUCUGUGCAUUAAGGUUAACGGAAAGCUGUUUCCAUUACCGGGAUGUGCUCCACCACCAAAAAAUGGUGUUGAACAGAAACGGCCUGGGCGUCCUCUCAACAUUACAUCAUUAGUUCGCCUGUCAUCGGCAGUGCCAAACCAGGUUUCAAUUUCAUGGGCUUCAGAAAUCGGAAAGAAUUACUCCAUGGCCGUGCAUCUCGUCAGACAGCUGACGUCAGCAGUGUUGUUACAAAAGUUGAAGAUGAAAGGCAUUAGGAACCCAGACCAUUCCAGAGCUCUGAUUAAAGAGAAACUCACAGCAGAUCCUGACAGUGAAAUUGCCACCACAAGUCUGCGGGUUUCAUUGAUGUGCCCUCUGGGAAAGAUGCGACUGACAAUCCCGUGCCGGGCUGUCACCUGCACUCACCUGCAAUGCUUCGAUGCUGCUCUCUAUUUGCAAAUGAAUGAGAAAAAACCAACAUGGAUCUGUCCUGUGUGUGACAAGAAGGCUGCAUAUGAAAGUCUGAUUUUAGAUGGGCUUUUUAUGGAAAUACUCAACCAGUGUUCAGAUGCAGACGAGAUCCAGUUCCAAGAGGAUGGAUCAUGGUGCCCAAUGAGGCCAAAAAAGGAACCACUAUCUACACCAAACUCAAAGUACUCCCACAUUGAAGGCUCGGGUGCAAUAAGCAAAAUGUUCUCUGUAAUGGAUGCCAGAGAAACUACCAAACAGAAAAAGGCAGAAGUCAUAGACCUGACAUUUGAAAGUUCAUCUGAUGAAGAGGAAGAGCCAGCCUCUAAAAGGAAAUGUGUAUACAUCCCAGAAACACAAGGGAACACCAUUAAAGGGGUAGUUACAUACCAGCCAUCUACCAUCAGGGUGUCCAAAGCCCCCCCCCUGGAGCCACACUCCAUACAUCCUUCUGCAGUAGACUAUUCAGAGCAUUUCCAUCAUUCGGCUAUUGCUGGCAUUUCCACAGAUCUUCCAGGUUUGGAUUUCUUGUCUCUUGUUCCAGCUGAUUCCCAGCAGUACUAUCCCCCUAUGUUUUUGGAUAGUCUCAACUCGGCAAUUCCAGCCAACCCCAUUCAUGGCAAAAACAAAACCUGGAGCAGCCACCUUGAAAGCCGUACUAGUGAUGUUCUAGCUGCAAAUGAGACGACCUAUUAUAGGAGCCAGAUGUCACCCAGAGAAGCCCAGUGCACUCCGAUGCCUCCAAAUUCCAUGAAGAAUUAAAAAAAAAAAAAAAAUAGUUUCUAUUUAUUUUUAUCCCGGAUGUACAGGAAAUACAGAUCUAUAUAUUCUUUGGGGUUCUGGUCUGAGCACACAAAUUGUCAUUUGAGCUAGGUCUCAGUACCUGCUGACUCAGCAUUUAUUUAUUUUUUUGUUUGUCCUGCGAGUUGCACAUGUUCAGUUUGUGUAAAUAGGUUUGCACUAUACAGAAAAUGUAAAUAUGUAUUUUUAUAAAUAAAAAGAAA